GAAAAUUGGCUGACUUUUGAAAUAUCGACAAAAGCUCCCCGCAGGGACAGCUCUCCCUCUCUACUUAACUAAACUUAGAGCCCCUCUAUUGCAGGCUCCAACCCGCCAGCAACCGCUCUCCACCGUCCGUGGCUCGCUCCGGGAGCUCAGGCUGUGCGCGCGGCCUCAUGAACGAGAGGAAACACAGCCGUACGCUCUCAGGAGCCUCCAAAACCAAAGACGACCCCGCAGUAGCUACGCCUGGAGAGUUUGUUCGUCGCUAUGGAGGCAAGAGAGUGACAGAGAAGGUCCUGAUAGCCAACAAUGGGAUCGGGGCAGUCAAGUUCAUCCGCUCCGUUCGAAGAUGGAGCUACGAAAUGUCCGACAACGAGAGAGUUCCACUCCAUGGUAACCCCUGAGGACCUCAAGGUGAGCUGUACAUACAUAGUCACAGAGAGAGGAGAAGAGUUGAGGAUCUAAGUUUGGCUGUUGCUUUUGCAUGAGAAUAUUAUGCCAAAAAACUGAGUACUAAGAAAUUUGGCGAUGCAGUGAAUUGAAGCGAGUGCAGUGCCAGGAAGUGUUGACUUUUUGGUACCUGUUCUUUGACUAAAACUAAUCCACAGAGCCUUGAGUCUGGUAGCAUAAUGUUAUACAUAGCUAUAAAGAGAUGUGCUGUUUGUAUUCAGACUAGUUGUAACUAAAUAAUGAGCUAAUGGAACUGGACAAAUAUAAUUUGUCAAAUAAAUGUAACAGAAAGCAUAUUUGGCAGACAUCCUAAUAUCUAAAAUCCAAAAACACCAUCCAUUCAUUAAUCAGUUAUAUACAGAGUAUCUGAUGCAUUUCCCUCUAUAUAGAGCCAGACUCUGAGACAGAUAUAACUUUUGCCAGUGUUUACUGCUGUUAAAUUAGUUGUCAACUCCUGGAAUCACUGAGAGAUGAAAAGGACUGUUUCUGCUGGUCUUGUGUCUAGUGACACUGUCUAACGUACAGCUAGGACAGUCUCAAUGUGAUGUUGUGAGGAUUGCUGCAGCUGUGUAUGAAGCUAUAGGACCAGGUUUGGAGACUAUUGAGAAAGACAUGA